GAUCUUCUCCAUCGUGGUGUUCGGCUCCAUCGUCAACGAGUGCUAUGUGAACAAGGACAGCCAGCACCCCGAGCUGCUCUGCAUCUUCAACGAGAAUGAGAGUGCCUGCAGCUACGGCAUCGCCGUGGGCGUCAUCGCCUUCUUCGGCUGCAUCUUCUUCUUCGUGCUGGACCUGCACUUCCAGCAGAUCAGCAGCGUCAAGGACCGCAAACGGGCCGUGCUGCUGGACCUGGGCUUCUCAGGUAGCCCCGUCCCCCCGCCGUGGCCGCUCAGUGCCGGGUCCCUUUAUUAGCUCGUUGUGCAGUGAAUUCUGUACAGUGGUAUUGGUUCUUGUCUUACCUGUCCCAGGGUUUCUAAGAGCAGUGUUCCCUCUAAGCCGGGAGGAAGGAAGGUUGGUACCGCAUCACCUGUGCGUGGGGAGGAGCAGGAGGAGGAGGAAAUGUCCCAAAUGUCCCCUCCGAGCUCUGCUGGGAAAGCCCAGGAUGCCUUUUCCUCUCAGCAAACAGCAGCUGAGGAAUUCUUAUCUCGUUCUUCCAGAGCUAACACAGAAUCCAUGGAGGGUGGGUAGAGCUGGCCCUGGCUGCUCCCGCUGUGGAGCUCCCAGCCCAGGUUCCAGGGAAGCCAAAUCCACGGGGAAUCAGUGGUGUCUGUGUUGUUUCCUUUGUAUAUACUUGCUGUACAAAGCAAAUAUCCAAACAGGUGUUUCCAUACGUGGUUUAGAGGCACAGCAGGCUGGGGUUGGGGUCAGUAUCCAGAGGGCUUCUAUGCUUCAGCAGGUUCUGGUUGAGGAUUUAAAAAGUGGCUGUUAGAAAUGGAAACCAGCAGGAGCUGGUUGCUAACUGGGAAUAGCCUGUGAUCAGGGGGAAUGUGGCACUUUGUGGUUCAUUUCCUCGUGGGGGGUUGGGAAAUGUGUAAAUUCCUAAGGAAUUUUUGUUGGCAGUGCUGACACAUCCUCACCCUGGCUGGGUGAGGACCGAGAUGAGGGGCUCAGACUCCACAUCCAGGGCCAUUAGGAGCAAUAUUGGACUUGUAUUUUUAUUCUGGGAGCAGCCACCAUCUGCCAGCUGCAGCAGAACCCAGGUGGGGACACGUGUGUCACCCUGCAGCCUCCAGAAAUGAGGGAUUAUUCAGUGAGGGACCUGGGAAGGCUCCACAAGCCAUUGGAGUCCAUCCAUCCUGUGUGGGCUCACACCGUGUUUGGUGUGGGGAGAGUCAGUGAAAAGCAGCCAGGAGGGAGGCUCGGGUUGAAGGUUCAGCUGCAGAGAACAAAGCAAAGGAGGGAAUGUGUAAAACAUCCAUUGCCAGCUCCCGCUGCCCGCGUGGCAGCUGCUCCGGGCUGUGCCACCAAGGGCUGAAACCUGAAUGCCCAGCCCAGGGGUGGCAGCUCCAUCCCCGGGGGCUCCUCCAGAGCCACCCCUGCCUUGUGACCUCGAGAGGAGCAAGAGCCACCCCUGUGCUGUCCCCUCCCUGCCACAGGGCCUGCUCACCGCCGUGAUCAGAGCGCUAAUUAACGAGCAGCAGGUAAAUGCACUAAUUAAGCAGCCAGUCAUGCCCAGGUCACUGCCCGUGGCGCGUUCCUUGCCUUGGCUCCAGGUCCUGGCUGUGCCCAGCCCCUCACAGGUGCCUGACCAUGAACACCCAGCCCAGGGCAGCCUCAGCCUCGAGGGAUUCCGGGAUCUUUGUGGGUUUGUGGAGUCAGUUUUGCUGGGAAAGAAAAGAAAAAAGCCCCGAGGAUUUUAAUACAGGGUACGGUAGAACUGUAGCAAUAUUUUCCUUAGAGGGAACACUGAAACUUUAGCAGCACAAACAGUACUUGUGUUAAUAUUUUAGCAAAAUUAUAAUCAAUUUAAAUGUUUAAAUUGAUUGUACGUGAGACAAUGUUCGUUGGGUACAGUGUAUUUUUUCUAACUAUGAUAUAACUGUUGCAGAGUUUCCGUGUAACCGUACAGAGCUAAAGCUGUGUCUGCCUGCGGGACGCGUCCCGUGUGCCCCCUGCUGAAUAUAUCACGCUCUGAAUGUCC